ACUGCCGGACCACUUUGCUGGCAGAAAUGCCUUUGGUCUGAGGCUGUGCUGGCGGCUCCCUCCUUCCCUCCUGGUCAGGAUGGAGAAGGACCCCACCACUCACAGGAAGCACCGGCCUGGGCCUGGAGCCCUGCCCUCAGGAAUGACCCCUGUAUACCUCAAGGUGGCCAGUGAAGGGGUGGAACUCCAGAGGAGCAGGAGUGUGGGUGGCUUGCCCCAGAAGGGGGAUCCACCAGUCUGCAUCAGGAAGCUGCUACGCAAGGAGCUAGAUUCUGAGGACCAAGAUAAAGACCUGAGAAGUGACACAGAUAAUGGCACCUGUCAGGCAAGCCUAGAGGACAGCAGGAAGAAGACGACCCAGGAUGAGGAGGAAAAAACAGACCCCAAGUGUGCGAAAAUGGACCCAGAGAAGAUUGACUCCGAGGCGAGCGCCACAGGAGAACAGGACGAUGCCUGCGAAGGAAGAUGUGUCUCUGUGGCUGAGGAGCAGCAUCCAGAGUCCAUGAAGCUGGAUCACCUUCUAGAAAAGCAGAAACCAUCUGUGUUUGUGGAGAUCGACCUGGGAGACCAUACUGAGGAGGAGGUACAGGCAAACACCUCCAGCCCAGAACUCAACACUGCCCACCAGGAAAGGACCUGCACUGAGGUAAUCACUUGUGCCAUAAAAGAAGAGGAGAGGCUCUCCAACGACAUAGGAGACUUGUCUGAAGAUGAGAUAAGGACCAGCUGGGUAUGCUGCAUCCCAUAUCACACAAAGAAGAAGGCGAAGGAAAACACCAAUGCUCUGGAGAAGAAUCAUCAGUCGUCUCAGAACAGGACCCCUCUGACUCAGCCACUAGUACAGCUCUCUGGGGACUAAGGGAAGAGAGCCUGGGCCUGGAAUGGCUUCGUGAUCCUCCCCACGGGCAGGGCCAGAGUGACAGCAGCCAACAGCAGCCAACAGCAGAUACUCAAGGCAAAGGACCCUCUUCCAAUCCAAGGCCAAUCACAGCCCUAGGAACCAACUCUUCAGGAACAACAGGCACUCCCGCUUCCUGGCUAUCACAGAACUUAAGCGCCAGCUAAUUGUUCACUAAAGGAAACAACACGAUAUGAACACAUCGCUGGAGUUACAAUGUCAUAUAUAGACAACUUCCAGGCUGCAGCUGGAGAGGAGAGGGGACAAGGUCACCUCAGAACUGGUCCUCCCUGUACCCCACAUCCUUACACCUCAGGUCCUGGGCCACAGUUCUCCUUAGUACUUCUACCUGGAAGCUUAGUUCUCUAAGGAUGCUUGGGGAGGUGAACUCCCCCAUCAUCUUCCCAUGUGACCCCACCAUCACCUUCCCAUGUGACCCCACAUAUACCAAUCAAAGCAAAACAAUUCCUCA